AUGGGCACUCCACUAGCGUUGAGCGGGGAAUUGCCUCUUGCCGAUGCGAACGGGGGCGGAGUUGCUGGCGCCACGGCUCUCCCUCCCACCCUCCUCAUGCCCUCGAACAUCGUGUGCAUCGGCCGCACGAACACCUGCUGGAGUAGAGGGAAAAGACGCAUCAUGCUUCAUAUCACGCUCUCCCUCACGCUCUCCCUCACGCUCAGCCUCACGCUCUCCCUCCCGCCUGCCCUCACGCCUGCCUUCACGCCUGCCCUCAAGCCCUCCCUCACGCCUGCCCUCACGCUCUCCAUCACGCUCAUCCCCACGCUCAUGCCCUUUCUCUGGCAGUUGCUCCUUGUCAUCUACAUCUUCCACAACAUGCAACUCCCCCUUCCCCUACUCAUCAUCCCAUGCCUGUCCAUGCGCAGCACGCAACUCCCCCUUCCCCUACUCAUCAUCCCAUGCCUGUCCAUGCGCAGCACGCAACUCCCCCUUCCCCUACUCAUCAUCCCAUGCCUGUCCAUGCGCAGCAUGCAACUCCCCCUUCCCCUACUCAUCAUCCCAUGCCUGUCCAUGCGCAGCACGCAACCCCCCCUUCCCCUACUCAUCAUCCCAUGCCUGUCCAUGCGCAGCACGCAACUCCCCCUUCCCCUACUCAUCAUCCCAUGCCUGUCCAUGCACAGCACGCAACCCCCCCUUCCCCUACUCAUCAUCCCAUGCCUGUCCAUGCGCCGCACGCAACUCCCCCUUCCCCUACUCAUCAUCCCAUGCCUGUCCAUGCGCAGCACGCAACCCCCCCUUCCCCUACUCAUCAUCCCAUGCCUGUCCAUGCGCCGCACGCAACCCCGCCUUCCCCUACUCAUCAUCCCAUGCCUGUCCAUGCGCCGCACGCAACCCCCCCUUCCCCUACUCAUCAUCCCAUGCCUGUCCAUGCGCCGCACGCAACCCCCCCUUCCCCUACUCAUCAUCCCAUGCCUGUCCAUGCGCAGCAUGCAACUCCCCCGUCCCACUCAUCAUCCCAUGCCUGUCCAUGCGCAGCACGCAACCCCCCCUUCCCCUACUCAUCAUCCCAUGCCUGUCCAUGCGCCGCACUCAACUCCCCCUUCCCCUACUCAUCAUCCCAUGCCUGUCCAUGCGCAGCAUGCAACUCCCCCUUCCCCUACUCAUCAUCCCAUGCCUGUCCAUGCGCAGCACGCAACCCCCCCUUCCCCUACUCAUCAUCCCAUGCCUGUCCAUGCGCAGCAUGCCACUCCCCCUUCCCCUACUCAUCAUCCCAUGCCUGUCCAUGCGCAGCACGCAACUCCCCCUUCCCCUACUCAUCAUCCCAUGCCUGUCCAUGCGCAGCACGCAACUCCCCCUUCCCCUUCUCAUCAUCCCAUGCCUGUCCAUGCGCAGCAUGCAACUCCCCCUUCCCCUACUCAUCAUCCCAUGCCUGUCCAUGCGCAGCACGCAACCCCCCCUUCCCCUACUCAUCAUCCCAUGCCUGUCCAUGCGCAGCACGCAACUCCCCCUUCCCCUACUCAUCAUCCCAUGCCUGUCCAUGCGCAGCACGCAACCCCCCCUUCCCCUACUCAUCAUCCCAUGCCUGUCCAUGCGCCGCACGCAACUCCCCCUUCCCCUACUCAUCAUCCCAUGCCUGUCCAUGCGCAGCACGCAACCCCCCCUUCCCCUACUCAUCAUCCCAUGCCUGUCCAUGCGCCGCGCGCAACCCCCCCUUCCCCUACUCAUCAUCCCAUGCCUGUCCAUGCGCCGCACGCAACCCCCCCUUCCCCUACUCAUCAUCCCAUGCCUGUCCAUGCGCCGCACGCAACCCCCCCUUCCCCUACUCAUCAUCCCAUGCCUGUCCAUGCGCAGCAUGCAACUCCCCCGUCCCACUCAUCAUCCCAUGCCUGUCCAUGCGCAGCACGCAACUCCCCCUUCCCCUACUCAUCAUCCCAUGCCUGUCCAUGCGCAGCACGCAACUCCCCCUUCCCCUACUCAUCAUCCCAUGCCUGUCCAUGCGCAGCAUGCAACUCCCCCUUCCCCUACUCAUCAUCCCAUGCCUGUCCAUGCGCAGCACGCAACCCCCCCUUCCCCUACUCAUCAUCCCAUGCCUGUCCAUGCGCAGCACGCAACUCCCCCUUCCCCUACUCAUCAUCCCAUGCCUGUCCAUGCACAGCACGCAACCCCCCCUUCCCCUACUCAUCAUCCCAUGCCUGUCCAUGCGCCGCACGCAACUCCCCCUUCCCCUACUCAUCAUCCCAUGCCUGUCCAUGCGCAGCACGCAACCCCCCCUUCCCCUACUCAUCAUCCCAUGCCUGUCCAUGCGCCGCACGCAACCCCGCCUUCCCCUACUCAUCAUCCCAUGCCUGUCCAUGCGCCGCACGCAACCCCCCCUUCCCCUACUCAUCAUCCCAUGCCUGUCCAUGCGCCGCACGCAACCCCCCCUUCCCCUACUCAUCAUCCCAUGCCUGUCCAUGCGCAGCAUGCAGCUCCCCCGUCCCACUCAUCAUCCCAUGCCUGUCCAUGCGCAGCACGCAACCCCCCCUUCCCCUACUCAUCAUCCCAUGCCUGUCCAUGCGCCGCACUCAACUCCCCCUUCCCCUACUCAUCAUCCCAUGCCUGUCCAUGCGCAGCAUGCAACUCCCCCUUCCCCUACUCAUCAUCCCAUGCCUGUCCAUGCGCAGCACGCAACCCCCCCUUCCCCUACUCAUCAUCCCAUGCCUGUCCAUGCGCAGCAUGCCACUCCCCCUUCCCCUACUCAUCAUCCCAUGCCUGUCCAUGCGCAGCACGCAACUCCCCCUUCCCCUACUCAUCAUCCCAUGCCUGUCCAUGCGCAGCACGCAACUCCCCCUUCCCCUUCUCAUCAUCCCAUGCCUGUCCAUGCGCAGCAUGCAACUCCCCCUUCCCCUACUCAUCAUCCCAUGCCUGUCCAUGCGCAGCACGCAACCCCCCUUCCCCUACUCAUCAUCCCAUGCCUGUCCAUGCGCAGCACGCAACUCCCCCUUCCCCUACUCAUCAUCCCAUGCCUGUCCAUGCGCAGCACGCAACCCCCCCUUCCCCUACUCAUCAUCCCAUGCCUGUCCAUGCGCCGCACGCAACUCCCCCUUCCCCUACUCAUCAUCCCAUGCCUGUCCAUGCGCAGCACGCAACCCCCCCUUCCCCUACUCAUCAUCCCAUGCCUGUCCAUGCGCCGCGCGCAACCCCCCCUUCCCCUACUCAUCAUCCCAUGCCUGUCCAUGCGCCGCACGCAACCCCCCCUUCCCCUACUCAUCAUCCCAUGCCUGUCCAUGCGCCGCACGCAACCCCCCCUUCCCCUACUCAUCAUCCCAUGCCUGUCCAUGCGCAGCAUGCAACUCCCCCGUCCCACUCAUCAUCCCAUGCCUGUCCAUGCGCAGCACGCAACCCCCCCUUCCCCUACUCAUCAUCCCAUGCCUGUCCAUGCGCCGCACUCAACUCCCCCUUCCCCUACUCAUCAUCCCAUGCCUGUCCAUGCGCAGCAUGCAACUCCCCCUUCCCCUACUCAUCAUCCCAUGCCUGUCCAUGCGCCACACGCAACUCCCCCUUCCCCUACUCAUCAUCCCAUGCCUGUCCAUGCGCAGCACGCAACCCCCCCUUCCCCUACUCAUCAUCCCAUGCCUGUCCAUGCGCAGCAUGCCACUCCCCCUUCCCCUACUCAUCAUCCCAUGCCUGUCCAUGCGCAGCACGCAACUCCCCCUUCCCCUACUCAUCAUCCCAUGCCUGUCCAUGCGCAGCAUGCAACUCCCCCUUCCCCUACUCAUCAUCCCAUGCCUGUCCAUGCGCCACACGCAACUCCCCCUUCCCCUACUCAUCAUCCCAUGCCUUUCCAUGCGCAGCACGCAACCCCCCCUUCCCCUACUCAUCAUCCCAUGCCUUUCCAUGCGCAGCACGCAACCCCCCCUUCCCCUACUCAUCAUCCCAUGCCUGUCCAUGCGCAGCAUGCCACUCCCCCUUCCCCUACUCAUCAUCCCAUGCCUGUCCAUGCGCAGCACGCAACUCCCCCUUCCCCUACUCAUCAUCCCAUGCCUGUCCAUGCGCAGCAUGCAACUCCCCCUUCCCCUACUCAUCAUCCCAUGCCUGUCCAUGCGCAACACGCAACCCCCCCUUCCCCUACUCAUCAUCCCAUGCCUGUCCAUGCGCCACACGCAACUCCCCCUUCCCCUACUCAUCAUCCCAUGCCUGUCCAUGUGCCGCACGCAACCCCCCCUUCCCCUACUCAUCAUCCCAUGCCUGUCCAUGCACCGCACGCAACCCCCCCUUCCCCUACUCAUCAUCCCAUGCCUGUCCAUGCGCCGCACGCAACCCCCCCUUCCCCUACUCAUCAUCCCAUGCCUGUCCAUGCGCAGCAUGCAACUCCCCCGUCCCCUACUCAUCAUCCCAUGCCUGUCCAUGCGCAGCACGCAACCCCCCCUUCCCCUACUCAUCAUCCCAUGCCUGUCCAUGCGCCGCACGCAACUCCCCCUUCCCCUACUCAUCAUCCCAUGCCUGUCCAUGCACCGCACGCAACCCCCCCUUCCCCUACUCAUCAUCCCAUGCCUGUCCAUGCGCCGCACGCAACCCCCCCCUCCCCUACUCAUCAUCCCAUUCCUGUCCAUGCGCCGCACGCAACCCUCCCUUCCCCUACUCAUCAUCCCAUUCCUGUCCAUGCGCAGCAUGCAACUCCCCCUUCCCCUACUCAUCAUCCCAUGCCUGUCCAUGCGCAGCAUGCAACUCCCCCUUCCCCUACUCAUCAUCCCAUGCCUUUCCAUGCGCAGCACGCAACCCCCCCUUCCCCUACUCAUCAUCCCAUGCCUGUCCAUGCGCAGCAUGCAACUCCCCCUUCCCCUACUCAUCAUCCCAUGCCUGUCCAUGCGCAGCACGCAACUCCCCCUUCCCCUACUCAUCAUCCCAUGCCUGUCCAUGCGCAGCAUGCAACUCCCCCUUCCCCUACUCAUCAUCCCAUGCCUGUCCAUGCGCAGCACGCAACCCCCCCUUCCCCUACUCAUCAUCCCAUGCCUGUCCAUGCGCCACACGCAACUCCCCCUUCCCCUACUCAUCAUCCCAUGCCUGUCCAUGCGCAGCAUGCAACUCCCCCUUCCCCUUACUCAUCAUCCCAUGCCUGUCCAUGCGCAGCACGCAACUCACCCUUCCCCUACUCAUCAUCCCAUGCCUGUCCAUGCGCAGCACGCAACCCCCCCUUCCCCUACUCAUCAUCCCAUGCCUGUCCAUGCGCCGCACGCAACUCCCCCUUCCCCUACUCAUCAUCCCAUGCCUGUCCAUGCGCAGCACGCAACCCCCCCUUCCCCUACUCAUCAUCCCAUGCCUGUCCUUGCGCCGCACGCAACUCCCCCUUCCCCUACUCAUCAUCCCAUGCCAGUCCAUGCGCAGCACGCACCUCCCCCUUCCCCUACUCAUCCGCGCAUCCAAUGCCUGUCCAUGAGCGGCCUGUCCCACACCAAUCCUCCUUUUUGCACGGGCCGUGAAUUCACAUACCACAAUGGUGUUUAA